AUGAAUAAUCAGUUCAGACUUAAACGAUCUGUUCAUUCACAACCUCCUAAAAUGCAUAUUUAUGAGGCUAUAAGAUUUGAAGCUGCCAUGUUAAGUUAUCUAGAUGAAAUCAGUCGAAUCAAAACAAACUUGGCUCAGCAAAAAAUGCCUGAAAUAAUAAUACCAAAAAAAAACAACCAAAGUGUAGUCAUAGUUGACAGUCAGAAUCCCAGUGCAAUCAUGGAACAAACAAAGAAUCCAGAAAGUUGCAAUAAAUCAUCAGCAUAUUCGGUCAAAGCUAGCAGAAGUCCACAAAUGAGAAAGGCUCUAUUUUUAGAGAUGAAUCCUCGCAAUGAAUUUUUAGAAUCUGUAGAAAAUUUUCGUCGCUUGAGUCAUUCAGCAUCCUCAUCAUCUGCAUCAGCUGAUAAAAGGAAGAAAUACAGUUCUUUCAACCAGAAUUUUUCUACACAGAAUAAAGUUCCUUUGAGUUCGGCUAAAUGGAGAAGACAUUUAUACCAAUCAAGCUUAAGAUUUUCAAAAAAGAAGCGCUCGCGCGGAAAAAAUAAAGAUGACACGCAAGAAAAAUUGGAGAAUCGCAAUACGAUAAAUAAAGAAGAAAAUAGUAUUAAAAAUGUUGGUUAUCCUUCUGGAGUCAGGGAUAAAGAAAGCAAAUCAAUAGCAGAAACGACUUUAUCAGCUUCAGAUAAGCACAAAAAGAAAAAUCGAAAGUUCGUAACUUUCGCUUCAUCUUCACAGUCGUUAACUGAAGGAAAGAAUGUUGUACUGGAAAACUCUGAAAAAAUCCCCAUAAGCAGGCAGCGAAGAAAUGCCAUAAGUCGUCUGACUCAAACGCGACCCGUUGCUGAACCGUAUAAGCAUAGUUCAAAUAAUGCACUGAGAAUUCCCGUGAUGUCAGAUUUAGCUAAUCGUAAUUCCCAUUUCGUCUCACCGCAACCGAUGAUUGUACAGUCAGCAAGGCAACUACCCAAAGACUUGAAAACUCCAUCGGAACGAAAACGUGCGCUUCAUUCUGCUACACCAAAACAACUUGAGCGAUUAGAAGAAGCACUACGUCAGUAUCAAGUAAAUCCAAGUGUAGAAAGCGAAGAAUACGACAAAAGAGGAGUAGUAUGCAUUACACUCAUAUUUUUUAAUUUUUGUCUAAAAUUCAAUUUAAUGCAUUGUUUCAAUGAUUCAAAGAUUGCUUAA